AUGAAGCCUUAUAACCCUCCUUUGCCAUACCCUCAAAGAUUGCAGAAAGAAACCAAAGAUCAACAGUUUCCCAAGUUCCUAGAAGUCUUUAAGAAGUUGGAGAUCAAUAUUCCACUUGCUGAGACUCUAGAACAAAUGCCUCUAUAUGCAAAAUUCCUCAAAGAGCUCAUCAAUAAGAAAAGGAGCUGGAAUGAGAAGGAGAUAGUGAUCCUAACACAAGAAUGUAGUGCUGUCAUCCAAAUAGGUCUUCCUCCAAAGCUCAAAGAUCCAGGAAGCUUCAUCCUAUCCUGUACUAUAGGCAACAGAACAUUGGCCAAGGCUCUCUAUGACUUAGGAGCCAGCAUCAAUUUAAUGCCCCUCUCACUAAUGAAAAAGCUUACAAUAGAGGAAGUCAAGCCUACCAGGAUGUCACUCCAAAUGGCUGACAGAUCACUCAUGAUACCAAAUGGGGUUGUGAAAAGUUUAUUAGUGAAGAUUGGAUAA